GCCAUGAUAUGCUAUCUGCUGCUCUCCUGCAUUUUCUUUGCACACUCCCUCGCGCUGACUUACAAAGGAGCAGAUCUUUCGUCAAUCCUGCUCGUCGAAAGUCAAGGCGUGAAGUACACCGAUGGUGGACCGGCUAAGCCGUUCGAGACAAUUCUCACGUCUCACGGCUCCAACACCGCCAGGAUCAGAGUAUGGACGACUGGACAGUAUGACCUUCAGUAUGGGCUCAAGCUGGCGAAGCGGGUGAAGGCGGCUGGGAUGACGCUCAUCGUAGACCUGCAUUACAGCGACACUUGGGCCGAUCCGGGGCAUCAGUCUAUUCCUUCAGGCUGGCCGACCACUUUAAGUGGGCUGAACACCCAGAUAUAUACAUACACCAAAGACGUUGUGAAGCAAUUCUCGGACCAAGGAACGCCCAUCGAUAUCCUGCAAGUUGGGAACGAAAUCAACAACGGCCUACUCUGGCCAGUCGCAGAAAUAUCUGUGAAUGGCAUCAAUCCUGUCUCGCAGCUUCUGCACUCAGCUAUCAAUGGCGCGAAAUCCGUCGCCUCACCGAAGAUAUUGAUUCAUCUGGCCAACGGCUGGGACUGGUCCGGGCUCUCAUCCUUCUUCUCGGGCGUCUUCAUUCAGGGCGCUCUUGCUACAUCGGAUGUCGACAUCAUCGGCGUGUCCUUCUAUCCAUUCUACGACUCCGGAGCGACCCUAGCGGCUCUGAAGUCCUCAUUGACGAACCUUGCUAACACGUAUGGAAAGCCAAUCGUGGUCGCCGAGACAGAUUGGCCGGUAUCAUGUUCUGGCGUUUCGUUGACGGAACCCAGCAUUCCAGUCUCUGUUGCAGGACAGCUGACAUGGAUCACGGAUAUCAAAAACGUACUGUCUGGGCUGCCGAAGGGCCUGGGACAAGGCAUAUUCUACUGGGAACCUGGUUGGAUUGGGAAUGCCGCCUUGGGGUCCGCCUGUUCGGAUAAUUUGCUGGUGUCGUCGUCUGGCGCGACCAGGUCAUCGAUUAAUAUCUUCAAGAACAUGUGAUCCUACGCUUGUUUGCUAUGGAAAUUGGAUGCAGCGAUGUUCUUGACUUCAUUACAUUUCUUUUAAGUGUC